AUGGAGAACCCUGCAAGUGAGAUCCGAAACGUCGUACGCAAGAUCACCGAGCCGAGGGAAUCGGCCAAGAUUCUCGCUUCCGUCGAUCGUUACUUUUCAGAGUGAGUGCCAAAGACGUCCUCGUUCAAAGUUUCUCUACAUCCUGCAACUGAUCAUACUCUUUGAUCCUAUCUCAGUGACUCGGGUACGUUUGACUUCUCAUCGGGGACGGUGGCCCCUCGACGAAUUUCAUCUCCGAGCCCGAACCUGAAAGAAUCUCUCUCCUCUCCCCGUGGCCCCAACAGUGAUCGUGCAUCCCAUGCUCAACUCACCGCGCGCCCAGGGCAAAGACGGCGUCAAAGCUGCGUAUCGAAUGCUCCGAGCCUUGACCCUCAACAACAAGAUCGAGUACCACGCCGUCGCCUUCGAAGACGUUACGAAGAGCAAGGGAGGCGAAACUCGGGCUUGCUUGAUUGGUGAGUUCGGACCCACGCGUGGAGCACACAUAGAACCCUUCUGAAAUUCUACAUCCUUCCUUAGAUCUCACCGAACACUUGCAGCUCCGCUUCCUACCGUUUCCCGAAGCGCGUAAUCCGGUGCGUUCGAGCUGCCAGUUCGCGAGUUUCUCGGGCGUCAAGCCACUCACCGGAAGCGCUUCGACAGGUCUUUCACGUGCGCUUCCUUGUACGAGUGGAUCUGAGGAAAGGUGCCGAUAACCUCUGGUACAUCACAAAGCAAGAAGGUGAGACUUGCAGGGUACCAAGCAGGCUCUUCUGAGGUCCACCACCUAGGAACCGAUUGCCCAGCCCCCUCCGCUUGCUACACAGACAACAUCCCGACCGACCCUGGAUCCUCGGGUCUCUUGUUGGUUGUCCCUCCCAUCAACGCCAUGGUUAACACCGUCAAGGUCAGUGUGUUUAGCAUCGCCCGGUGCCAAGGCCACGUGACCUGAUAUUGGCGCCGACAAAAAUUAUCUUCCUCCUCAGUGGUUCGCUGGAAUGAGUACGAUGGGCAUGGCUGCUGUGCUCAAUCGAUUGGGUGUCUUGGCUUGA